AUGGCGCACCGGGGAGAGACAUUCCACAAGGAUGUAUCCUGCAUCGCCGAUCUCAAGAAGAAAGGGAGUGAAAAGCUCCCCAAGUUUGUCAGAGACUACUAUAAUGAAGGGGCAAUGGAUCUUAUCACACUCCGUGAGAACGAAGUUGCCUUCGACCGCUACAAGAUCCGUCCACGCAUCCUGAUCAACGUCGACAAGAUUGAUACGAGCACAGAAAUCUUCGGCACCAAGGUCGCACUCCCAUUGGGAUUCAGUCCUGCAGCAUCUCAGCAGCUAGCACACCCAGAAGGAGAGGUCGCUGCUUCUCGCGCAGCCGCAAAAUACGGUCUAUGCAUGGGAUUGUCUUCGUAUUCGAACUUCUCUCUCGAAGACGUAGCCAAGCAAGGUUCUGGAAAUCCCUAUGUGAUGCAGAUGUGCGUUCUGCGGGAUCGUUCCAUCACGCUACAGCUUUUGAAGCGUGCUGAAAAGGCGGGAUACAAGGCACUCUUCCUCUCUGUCGAUGUACCUGUACUAGGGAAGCGACUGAAUGAAUAUCGGAACAACUAUACUCUCCCAGAAGACAUGGAAUGGCCUAAUAUUCUCAGCAAUGGAAGUGAUACAUCCAAUCGAACGGAAUAUGACCCAAGUCUCGACUGGGAGAACACGAUUCCAUGGCUUCGGAAACACACCAGUCUUCAAAUCUGGCUCAAAGGAGUGUACUCCCCAGAAGACGUGGAACUGGCCAUCAAAUAUGGCGUGGAUGGCAUCGUAAUCUCCAACCACGGAGGCCGUCAACUUGACGGUGUUCCAGCUUCGCUGGAUUCCUUGAGAGCCUGCGCACCUGUUGCAGCAGGAAGGAUCCCACUGGCUCUUGAUGGCGGUAUUCGACGAGGAUCGGAUAUCUUCAAAGCGUUGGCUUUGGGUGCGACACAUUGCUUUGUUGGGAGAAUUCCGAUCUGGGGUCUUGCGUAUGCCGGACAAGAAGGCGUCGAACUAGCAAUCAAGAUCCUGUUGCAGGAGUUCCGGAUCACCAUGGCACUUGCUGGGUGCCGAUCUGUCAAGGAGAUCACGAAGGACCAUCUCUCUACCCUGCAGCCCGAUGGAAUCUUGUCCAAACUAUGAACAAUGAUCUCUGUACAGAGUGCGUAUCACAUUGUAUAGACUAGGCCAAUAAAGGCUAGAUCAUAUACUAGUGUUGAAUAUUAUUUGCCUCAGUUGACGGUAAAAAUCUUAGACCAAUGAUACCUAAAAUACAUUACCUUCUGAACAUGAGAACCAUUUUGUCCCUGAUAGAUAUCACGAUAUCCCCCGAGCUCAAUAAAAU